AAUAGCAAUAGCCGCUUAUUAUUAUUAUUACGCAUAAAAGAGCAUCAUUCCAAAACCCAGAACCCCAAAACACAGGACAAGUGUUCACUCACUCUACACUCCACAGACACAGUAUAAGCAUCACACUCACUCACACUCACACUCACACUCACACUCCCCAACCUAAAUUAAUUUCCGCCUCUGUAACGUUCCCAUGGAAACAAUGCGUGCGUCAGACACAGGAAAUUCCUCAUUUUGCUCUCAGUCUUGCGGUUCUUGGCCAAGUGUACUUGUUGCUGAAAUGGAUAAAACGGCUGAUGGCGAGGACAGACAGGAUAAAGGGUGUAAGAACAAGAGAAAAUUAACUCAUCCUUCUAUACUUCCUGCUAGUUUUCCAUCCUCUCUGACUGAGUUCCCUCGGUAUGAAUUAUCUGAUUCACAAAAUGGCUUAAAUGAAUUUAGUUCAUCAGUGUUGUGGCCAGAUUUGUUUAAAGAUGAAGAACCUGAACUGUAUAUGCACGAGCUUGUGGAUUGGAAUGAUCCUAUUGCAAGCCAGCUUGAGGAAUUACUGUUGUCCAAUUUGCAAGCAAUUUUCCAUGGUGCACUUAAGCAGGUUGUUGAAUUAGGCUUUGAUGAAAAAUUGGUCGAGAUGUCCCUUUCUAGGAAGGCCCUAUACAUGGAGGAAGGAGACCCUGUCUCAAAUAUUGUACGUGAGACGGUGAAUGUUUUGAAGGGGAAAGAUGAAAUUAUUACAGAUUUUGUAUUUGAUAAAUUUCAGCACUUGCUGCAUUACACUAUGGUGGAGAUGAUCAGUGUAGUUCGUGAAGUCAGACCCUCCUUGACUGUUGGUGAAGCAAUGUGGCUUUUGCUGAUAUGCGACUUGAACCUUUCACUGGCCUGUGCAGUGGAAGAUCGUCCAACUGUUGUUUGUAAUGGGGAAAACACUGUCAGUUCUUCCGUUCCCCAAUCUAAGUCAGAGGUCCGAAGCUCUGAUAUUAAUUCAAAUUGCAGUUCACCAACUUUCCAGAAGGACUUGUCUGCCAAUCACCAGAAUCAGAAGUUUGAAGAACCUAAGUUUGGAAGUUUCCUUAAUCCACCCAAGAAUCAAAAUCCUCAUGCUUCAGGAGGUGUAAAACUUAAGGCGGAGAAUGUUUCAUUGUCAAUUAAUGCAGAGAAGUCCUCUGGAACUCCAGGGAUUCCUCCUCAUGAAUGUAAAGGAUCUUGUUCUAAGCGACAUAACAGAAAAGAAAUAUCAGCACUUAGGCAGAAAUUCCUUCACAUGGAGAAAACUUACAGGACUUGUGGAAAAGGGGGUUUUAAAUCAGGGAAGAUUGCAAGUGUUGGUGGUUUGGUUGUUGAAAAAAGACUGAAGCCACCAUCUGAAAUUCCUAAUCAGCAAAUGAAAUCUGUCUCCUCAAAUAUGAUAAGCACAAAAGGAGUUCAUUCAACUGAUGUAAUGUGCCAUGUUUCAAUCAAUGAUGCAUCUGCUUUACCUGCACGAAAUAGCUCUGGAACAUUACCUGCAAAGGAUACAAUAUCUACUUCUCCCAUGGUGAAUGCAAAUACUUCAACAACAGGCAAUACGUCCAAACCAAAAUCUGAUCUAAGCUUUUCUGUCAAAAUUCUGGAUUACUGCGCUGGCAUUCCUUUUGAUGAGGCUUUGGGUAAGUAUGUCCCGCGAGAUGAGAAGGAUGGGCUAAUUUUGAAGUUAAUAUCUCGAGUGCAAGAAUUGCAGAAUGAGCUAAAAGGCUGGAACAACUGGACAAACCAGAAAGUUAUGCAGGUUACCAAUAAGCUUUGCAAACUACAGGGUGAGUUUAAAACUCUUAGGAAGGAGAAGCAAGAUGUUGAACUGUUGAAAAAAGAUAAGAAAAUUGUGGAGGAGAAUGCUGUGAAGAGGAUAUCUGAGAUGGAGAAUGCCAUGGAAAAUACUAAAAGGCAAAUUGAGGGUGCGGCUUCUACUACUCUUGUGCUAGAGACAGAAAACUCCUUGCUAAAGAAGGAGCUGGAUGCUGCUAAGUUGUGGGUUGUAAAGUCAAUGACAAGCCAUCAACAAGCACUGGAGAGAGAGCAGCUGGCUCUUAAACAGGCCCAGGCAUGGGAAAGCCAGAACAGUUUGCUUCGAGAUGAGCUUGAGAGAGAGAAGCACAAAUUAUUUAAUCUGCAACAGGAGCUACACAAAGAGAAGAAUCUUCAAGCCAAGGUUGAGGGUAGAUUGGCAAAAGAGAGAGCUGCGAAAGAAAAGCUACUUGCACAGGUUGCAUCCAUUAAAAAGGUGAGAGAACAACUUGAACAGCGCAUGAAAUCUGAGGAGGAUAUGAUUAGAAAGAAGGCAGCUACUGAUCUGCAGAAAUAUGUGGAAGAUAUUGGAAAGCUAGAGAAAGAGUUGGUUGACUUGAAACUAAAAUCUGAUUCUGAAAAGAUAGCUGCACUUCGUAGGUGUGUUGAAGAAAGGAAUGAUAGUUUCUCAAGAACCAGCAAGAGUACUCCAAACAUGAAGGGAAUUAAGACAUCUGAUACGUCCCAAACAGUGGUGAGUUGCCAAGACAAAGUGGCUGCUAGAAGUUUGAGGCAGGAGCAGGAGUGUGUCAUGUGCCUAUCAGAGGAGAUGUCAGUAGUUUUUCUGCCAUGUAAACAUCAGGUUGUGUGUCCUGAAUGCAAUGAGCUCCAUGAGAAGCAAGGGAUGAAGGACUGCCCUUCAUGUAGGACCCCAAUCCAACGUAGGAUUCAUGCUAGAUUUGCUCGCCAUUAGAGACAGUAUAGACUUUCCUGAAUGGAUGGGAAUCGUAAAGAAGUACAUCAUGUGUUUCCCCCUUCCCUUCCAAAAGCAAAAGGAAAUAAACAAGAAAGAAAAACAGAAUAGAGAAAGAAAGAACUGUCCUUAGAGACAGUUGAGAGUGUAAAGACCCUUUAUGCUUUUAUAUUUGGAAACAUAAAUCAGCACAAUGAGUUUUUAUAUAAUAGAGUAACUUGGAUGA